AUGCCAAAAAGGAAAAAAGCUCCCUCGCCAAAGUUUGAUCUGCUCGAGGACGGAUUCGAUGAUGAUCUCAGCUCUAAUGAAUCUUUUCCAUCUCUUCUCGUUUCCGCUGCCCGUACUCCCGGUGCAGACGAUAAACCGGGAACACCGAUCCAACGCAACGCAGCCAAUGCACGUGAACGGGCCCGGAUGCGUGUGCUGUCGAAGGCGUUCUUCAACCUGAAGCGUAACAUCCCGUGGGUGCCGGCGGACACGAAGCUCUCCAAGCUGGACACGCUGCGGCUGGCGAAAAACUACAUCACCUACCUGGCCGCCACACUGGACGGCCAGUCGGUGGAAGAUUUCUCCACCAACCUGGCGCAACCACCGAAAACGGCAUGGCCUUUUAUCUUCCAACAAGUUCAACCACACGAAACGAGCAGCAAAACGAAACACCAGCAGCCGACGUCAACAUCCACCCAGUCAACGGUGUCGUUCACAGCAACACCACCAAAUGUCGGUCAAUCCACAUGUUCCACCGAUCAGCAGCAGAAGUGGCUCGACUAUCAUCAGAAAGAUGUCACCUCGGGAGCUGGGGUGCUAGUGUCGGAGAAUAUCAAAUCUCAAACGAUCGUUCCACCAGCAUCGAACGGUUUGGUUGGAUUCUCGGAAAAUUUUGUCGCCCCUUCUGCCAGCAGCAUGGACGGUGGUGUGAACGAUUAUGGCACGUUUGGUGAUCCGAUGGGGAUGGUGACGAGAUCUGCUACCCUUCACCACACAACCCAGCAGCAGCAGCAACAGCAUUCAAUAAUGCAGCAGGAUCACCACCAGCCCCACCAUCAUCACUACCAGACAAGUGGCGGUGGUCUACCGCUGCAUAAUGAUGGAUGCCAUGCUGGUGGAGCGAUUGGAAUGUCCGGAACGUACCACCGGCAGCAUAUGGCCUCGAUCGGUAGUGAUUGACUGGGGCUAGAACGGGAUCGAAUGUACCCGUAAACUGUACUUAUAGUAUUUAU